AUGUGCGAACAGAUGUACAAAUACAUUCCCACUAAAAUAAGUGAAGAUGCAUUUAAAUAUUUUUUUAAAGACCCGAACAAUCAUGCUAUCAGUUUCCACGAUUUUAUCAGUCUCUUAAAAAACGAAGAUGAGCAUUUUCUGGCGACGUUUAGAGAUUCAUUAAACCAUGCAACAGCAGAGUUUUCCGCGUACUUUUGGGAAUGCGUCCCCGUGUCAAGUGAAACAAUACAUAGGACAUUUGAAUUUGUUGCAGUUAAAUCUAGGAUUUUAAAUUACAUCAAACAGGAUUUCGCGGAUUUCAAAGAGCAUAUUUUUAAAAGUCGUGAUGAAUAUGCUUGCAGUUUUCCGAAUUUAGGAAAAGAUGCAAUGUUGAUUGUUCCUAUCCCGCAAGAAGGUGAUUGCAAUGAAAUUCGAGAUUAUAAACAUAUCAGUAGUUUUAGCAUGAAUGCGCCAAUUGAGCAGCAGCAAAAAUUUUGGAAGGAGGUAGCCAAUCGUCUAUUUGAAUCUUUGGACAAGAAAUCACCACGAUGGUUAUCAACGAACGGUUUGGGUGUUCAUUAUUUACAUGUUAGAAUUGAUAAGUCACCAAAAUAUUAUGAUUUUUUGGAUUACCGCAUACAUAAGAUAACUAAUAUUGGAAAAAUAUAG